AUGGAGCUACAGCAGCGCUUUUGUGUUUCCAUGCUCUUAGCACUCUGUUUCGUACACAGUGCUAAUGCAGGGAAUAUUUUAGUGUGGUACACUGAGGGCAGUCACUGGAUAAACAUGAAGACUGUGCUUCAAUCACUGAUUGAGCGAGGACACAUGGUGACCGUCUUGGUGCCGAGUUCGUCUAUGUUCAUGGACAAAGAUGUGUCUGACUUCAACUACCAACCAUUCAAUGCAUCUGUAUCGUUGGAAGAAAUGGAAAAAUUUAUUGAAGAGUUUCUGCAUUUUGCAGUUUAUGAGAUGGAUCAACUGAGCUAUCUUCAGAUCUACAUCAAAUUCAUUGGGAAGAUGAGGCAAAAUGUUCAGUAUGGCUUGAAGUAUUUGAAUGGAGUGGUGAAAUCAGAACCAGUCAUGAAAAAGUUGAAGGAAGAGAAAUUUGAUGUCCUCCUGGCUGACCCUAUCUACCCUGGCAGUGAUCUAGUUGCGGACAUUUUAGGAAUCCCCCUGGUUUUUACUCUUCGCUUUUCCUUAGUUAAUAACUGGGAGAGACAUUGUGGUCAACGACCUGCCCCCCCUUCAUACGUACCUGGAGCUAUGAGUAAACUGACUGAAAAGAUGGACUUUUCAGAACGAGUGUGGAAUUUUGGUUUCUACUUACUGAAUGAUCUGGUUUACGACUACGUCUUUUGGAAAGAUCUAGACGAAUAUUACUCUGACUUCAAAGGUAUACCCACAAGUGCUUGUAAGAUGAUGGGCACAGCAGACAUCUGGCUGAUAAGAAACUACUGGGACUUCGAUUUUCCUCAUCCUUUACUCCCCAACUUCAAAUAUGUUGGCGGGAUCCACUGCAAACCUACUAAACCUUUGCCUCAUAACAUUGAAGACUUUGUCCAGAGUUCGGGAGAACAUGGUGUUGUAGUCUUCUCUUUGGGUUCAUUGAUCACAAAAAUUACCAGGGAAAGGGCAAACAUGAUCGCUUCAGCCCUUGCUCAGAUCCCGCAAAAGGUUCUGUGGAGCUACAAAGGAAAAAAACCAGACACUCUGGGUGCCAACACAGGAUUAUUUGACUGGCUCCCUCAGAAUGACCUGCUGGGUCACCCAAAGACCAGAGCCUUUAUCACCCACGGAGGUGCAAAUGGCAUUUAUGAAGCCAUUUAUCACGGUGUUCCUAUGGUGGGGAUCCCCAUGUUUGCUGACCAGCCAUCUAACAUAAUCCACAUGACGGCCAGGGGAGCUGCACGAAUUGUGGAUUUGAACUUCAUGACGACGGAGGACCUGAAAGAUGCCAUCACUACAGUUGUCAAUGACAAAUCUUACAAGGAGAACGCCAUGCAACUGUCCAGGAUCCACCAUGACAGACCCAUGAGUCCUCGUGAUGAGGCCAUAUUCUGGAUUGAGUACACCAUGAGAAACAAGGGGGCCAAACACUUGAGGGUCCAAGCCCAUGAGCUCACCUGGUUCCAGUACCACAGUCUGGAUGUCCUGGUCUUCCUCCUCUCCAUUGUCCUGCUCAUCACUCUCCUCUUCAUCAAGGCCUGCAGUCUCUGCUUCAGGAGAUGCUGCGGCAGCAAAAGAAAGAGGAAGACUGAGUAAAGGACUGGUCACUAAUGUCAUCAUUAGUGUGAAGCUGCUGCUGAUUCACCAGCUCAUUAAGAAUAAAUAUUGUUUAAUAUG